AUGGUAGAAAAUGCGUUGACAGAAAAAUCUAUAAAAUCAACAGAGCCAUAUAGAAAUGGAACACUAGCAAAACUGAUUGAGGAGAAAAGCACUAAAAGAAAACAAACAGCAAUACUAGCAUAUAUAGAUGACAGCAAUGCUGAGAUGAAAACAUUAGACCACAAAAACAGUGGGAUAGAAAA